AUGGCGACAGUGCGUUGCGUUGUGUGUGUGUUGGCCGCUGCUCUGUGCUGCACGGCCUUGUGCGUGGCUGCUGCUGCUGCUGGUGAGAUACCUCACGGUGAUGCGGAGACACCUCAGUUUCUUCUUGAGCGAGUGAAGCAGGUUGCAGUGGAUUUAAAGGAGAAUACAGAUCGACUGAAGGAAGGAAAAGAAGGGGCUACGAAUGGUGUGGCACAAGUCAAGGCUGCGGUGGAAGCUGCGCGUAAAAAAGCCCUUGAGCUGCGAGAGGCAGCUAAAGUCGUGGACGGUGAAGUUGGAGCGCAGCAUGCUAGCGAAUCAAGGGUUACAGUUGUGAGACUGGCGCGGGAGGUGGCUGAUAUGUCAGCGGAGGCAAUUCAAGCGCUUUCUGCCCCAGAACAGCAGAUUUCGCGUUUGUCGAUUUUGGCGUCAUCUAUGAUCCGUGAUGUUACGACACACAAACCCAUUUGGGAGGCACCAAAGUUAGAUGAUGAGCAGGAGGCGUCGAAGGACUUUGCGGAGGCGCGGGAGCACAGGGACGCACUGACUGCCUCCUUAGCAAAGAUCGUUGACGGCGCAAACGCUGCAGUCGAAGCCGAAAGGUCGGUGGAGGGUUGUGCUCAAAAUGCAAGUCAGAAGGCCGAAACAGCAAUAGGCCGGUAUUUCUCCCGGAAUGGAGUUCAAGGCGUAGACCUAACAAAGGAAGACUUGCUGAAAACUGCUGAGGAGACAGUGGAGAUGUUGGAGAAGGCGUUGAAAGCUGCUGUGACGAUAAAUGACAAUGUCACCACAGCAUUUAAGGAGUCUGAUAAUGCUUCCCAGAGUGCCACGCUGAUGGUACAACUUCUUGACGACGCACUGAACCCUGGGAAGAAGAGAAGAAAGGACACCUCAACAAAAUUGAAUGACCUGCCUCCCGAACAUCUACCUACAUCAGAGAAGCAGCCAAUUGACUCAAAUGGGGGAAUGACACCUCCCUCCAGCGGCACGGGGGACCCGAAGGCACUUAGUGAUGUCCCACACCCUCCAAAGAACGAGUUGGACGAGCUCCCCGUGACGACAGAGAGCAGCACCAUCGAAAGUAUCGCGGAGAAGACAGCUACCUCCAAACUCACCACUAAGGACCCCAAUGACGCGGACAGCAGUCAGGAAACUGACGCUGCUGGUAAGAACACCCCUGAAAGCAAUCUACCUGGAGCUAAAAGCACGUCUACUAACGAGGCGGAGUCUUCAGCAGCACCAUCGGAGAAGGACAAAGAAACACAAUCCAUGACGAGUGACGCAAACAAAACCAUCCGUGAUAUUAUAAGUGCAGACAGCAGCGUCAGUCCUCCGUGGUUGCGUACACCGUUGCUGCUGGUGGUUAGUGUGCUGGGCCUCCUGUCUGUGUGCUGA